UUUCCUAAGAUUGAUCAUAAACACAAAUAUUUUAGUUUUUAUUUUUUCUAUAUCCUAUUAGAUUAUUUAGAUAGCAAUAAUGGCUAGGAGAAAUAUAGGUCACCGGAUUCUGAUGUGUCACAACCCGGAAACUGAAUUUUCCGGCGAGCCUCCGAUUAAUAAUUCGGAUACGGUUUUCAGUUUUUUGGAUGAGGAGGGACAAAGUUCGUCACCUGAAAGUGUUAACGAUGACGUUUAUGUUAAAAAUGGAGAUCAUGAAGAAGAUGAAGAAAAUGAAAAUAAAGAAAACGACCAAGGCAAUCAAUUCUGGGAAACUCAACAUCAAAAUUUACAAGCUGUAUUAUGUCGUACAACAUCGUUGGAAUCAAAAAUCCGAAGCAUUGCUAAAGAAACUGUAAAAGGAGCAAAGCAAUCGGAGAAUGGCUGUUCUUGCCGGAAAAUGGUGGACAACGGCUGCCGGAACUGUAUGAUGAAAGAGGUGUGCAGUCGUUUACAAAAUGCUGGAUUUAACUCAGCAAUUUGCAAGUCUAAGUGGAAGAGCUCAGCAGAUAUUCCCUCAGGUGAACACACCUUCAUAGAUGUUGUGGACCACUCCAGCACAAGAUCAAAAGGAGAAGUGAGGAUAAUUGUCGAAUUAAAUUUUCGAGGCGAAUUUGAAUUAGCGAAAGCAAGCGAAGAAUACAAUCGACUUGUCAAAUGCCUACCAGAAGUGUUUGUUGGAAAAAUCGAAAGAUUAAUAUCUUUAACAAAGAUUUUGUGCAAUGCUGCUAAGAAGUGCAUGAAGGAGAAGAAAAUACAUGUAGCACCAUGGCGGAAACAGAAAUACAUGCAAGCUAAGUGGCUUAAAACAAUCGAACGUACAGCAGAAAAUAAUAAACCUCAGCUAUCCAACGCUGAAUAUACAAGCCUACUACCAAGACGUCCUAGGGCAUCCAUGCUUACAAUGGAUUUGUUGGAAGUUUUGCCUAAUUUACAUUGUGCUCCAGUUGUGGCAUAAAAUAAUGAUACUAUGAAAUAUCAUGAGUUUGUAUCCAUCGAUCUGAUAUGUACCUAGCUGAAUUAAUUUUUAUUUUCUUUUGGUUUUGGGGGGAGAAGGGCGUUAUUUUUUCUUCUUUAGGUUAUAGAUAGAUAAUUUAAUGUUCUUGUGUAAGUGAAAAGUAAGCAAGUUCACCAUAAUGUCCAAUUUGGUUGAGUUGUUCUCGGGACCGGAGCUACCCUUCAAGUAGGUUCAUCCGAUCCCUCUUUGUCGGAAAAUUAUGAUAUAUAUAUAUACAUAGUUAAAAUUAUUUUUUAA